GCAGCUAGACGGAGACACCGGGAGACAGAGAACAGGGAUAGAGCUUGUUAGACGAGAAAUCCCGACAGUGUCUCCUCCUGAGCAAAUAGUUCAAUGCCCGAAGCCCUUCUGAGUCGCAAGCAUGGAUCUCGUAGAUCCAUCAUGUGCCAUUUGUACCCAGCCUCUAGAAUAAGUCUUGCUUGGUUUGCCGGGAAUCUGUCUCUUCAACUGUUGUGUAUUUGUUGCGCGUUUCUCGCGACCUGCCUUGGAGAUCCAUCAUGUACUGAUGGUGUUAGUCGCCAUGGCGAGGUUAGCCUAGCUCUCCCUGUCUUCUGGGAAAUUACUGCUUGAGGGCUAUGCCAAUUAGAGACAUGGGACAGGAAAUGGAUCAACGGAGAUUCUCGGUCAAUGAAACGAGGUGGA